AACCAAAACUAACAACCUUCCAAACAACUUCCAACUAGCUAGAACAAAAAAGCAUGGCAACCAUAGCCCAACGGUGCAAUACAUGUGGAAGAACCCUGGUUAAGAUGCCUGGGUCACAAUACGAAAUAUGUCCCGUGUGUCACACUGUCAACCUUUUCAACCAAAAGAUCAAGGGUCGUGUUCUCUUCCGCAUCGGACAGUUUAUCAACGCAGCAGCAAAUCAAUAUCAGCAUGAGCUUCAACGACAACCCUCAAAUCGCGGAAAGAAAAGGGCAGUUCUAUGUGGUAUCACCUACAAUGGCCACAGAAAGAAACUUGAAGCUAGUGUUCAUAAUGUCAGGAGCAUGCAACAACUACUAGUUAACAAAUUGGGCUUUCCAAAUGCUUCCAUCCUUGUCCUUACAGAAGAAGAGUCGGAUCGGUCUAGGAUUCCAACAAAACGCAACAUACAAGCAGCAUUACAGUGGCUAGUCCGCGGUUGCCAACCCGGGGACUCAUUGAUGUUCUACUAUGCAGGCCAUGCAAGCCAGAUUCCCGACGAAGAUGGAGAUGAGAUUGAUGGGUAUGAUGAAGCAUUGUGCCCUCUUGACUAUAGAGUGGCUGGAGCAAUACUAGAUGAUGAAAUCAAUGCCACCAUUGUAGCACCACUGCCUCAUGGGGUUACACUUCACUGUGUCGUCGACACUUGCUUCAGUGGAACUCUUCUUGAUCUACCAUAUCUAUGCACGAUCAACCGGGAUGGACUCUAUAAGUGGGAAGAACAUCAACUUACGAAUAAAGGAACCCGUGGCGGUAAAGCAGUGUGUAUUAGUGCCUGCGCAGACGACCAAAUAUCAGCAGAUACAUCUGCUUUCACAGGCAAGGCUAUAGGCGCGUUGACUUUUAGCUUCAUCCAAACUAUCGAAAAUGAAAGCAAACUGACGUAUGGAGCGUUACUUACCUCUAUGCGAAAAAAAGUUAACCAUGCUCAACAAGUAGUAAGCCGAUUUAUGCCAUGUGCGUCUUCUAUGCUCCAGGAGCCUCAACUAUCCUCUUCCAAAAGAUUUGAGAUUUACUCAGAGCCUCUUAUAAUCUAGAGAAUACGUCUGGUCGGUGUUAGCUCCAAUAAAUGAUUUGUAAUCUAAAAAAAAUGUCGGCUACACAAAAAGUGUCAAAAAAAAUACAAAACAUGCCAUUAAAAGUCAAAGUUGUUACUAUAAGUAAUAAUCGGUCACAAAGUUUAACUUGCAGAUAAAAACGUGUGAGUAAAGAGGACCCAUGUAUAGUGACACAAAAAGGUGGAAAUUACUAGGCUUAAUGUCUUUUUUGGAAUAUUUUUUGAUAAAGAGAAAAAGUGUGCCACUAAAAGCUAUAAACUUUUUAAACGUUUAACUAAUUAAAAACCCAAAUGCAAUGACAUUUUUAGGGUGUCACUACUACAUGUCAUUUUCCUUUGUGGUGGGAUGCAGUAGGAGUGAGAACUUUUGGCAUUUAACAUGCAAGAGAAACUUUGUAUUACCCCAUAAUCAAAAUUGUAAUAUUUUAUCAAGUAAUAAUAUAUGAAAGUGAGUUAUUGAAAUUCAAAUAUCAUUAUUGUUGUAAUGUAUUAGGUAACUAUGUAAAUUCCAAGUGAAUUAGGGUGUGUUUGGGAGUGUUCUAAGGGCCCUUUAACCAUCAUUUAGCAAAAGAAAACUAAUAUCUCCUCGUGUUCUUGCUAGAAAUGGGUUUAGAUUUUGAGUAAAUUUCACUUUUUGUCCUUUAUGUUAUGUAUUAUCUGAAUUUUGAAACGUGCCCUUUAAAAGUUUUAGUUUCAGUUUAUGUCCAAAAAACAUAUGUUUUAUAUCACUUUAUGUCCUUUACACCAAACUGAGUUAAAUUACCCAGUUAGGUUUAUUUAAGACAAGGGCAAAAAUGGUAUUUUAUAAAUAAAUGUCAUCAGAUCCCCUUGUUCCCUUAUCUUCUUUAAUUUCUGAGAAACCCUAGCACACAACCCAAAUCCCCUGCCUUCUCCCCUUCAAGUCCGGCAGCCGGACUCGGUUCUCCGGCGAUGUCCGGUCGGCCACACACUCACCCAACCCCUCAUUCCUAUCAAACCCUAACCUCUCAUCUCCUCUUCCCUAAAUCACAUACAUAGCACACAGAUCUUUAGAGAGAAAGUCACAUGAGAGAGAGUGGCAGAGAGAGAAAGUCGCGUGAGAGAGAGAGACGGAUGGCCGGCCACCACCAUGAACGACGGAGUCUCGGUGGUUAGCGACGGCGACUUGGUACUAUUUUGGCUGUGAUGUGACCUCGGGUGUGGCUGGAGUGGUGGCAGCGACAUGGAGGCUCAGCCAUUCCCUAACGACAGCAGUGGUUCGAGCAACGACAAUGGUAGAUCUGGUGACGGUGAGAGUAUGAACGGACUCCGAUGACUAACUUUGGCAACUGACGAACUCCGGUAAGCCUCUAUGAAACUCCUGUGGUAGAUCUGGGUUUGGAUACUUCGGUUUCUUAUAUUCGUAACGUUUGAGGUGGUUAUGGUGGCAUUCACAGGUGGCAGUGGUGGUUACCGGUGGCGGAGAUGAUCUCCAGCCACCGACAGAGUAGGUUAUUGGUGUUAGUUGUUUUAGGGUAGGAAACUAAGCUUGAAGAGUCAGAUAAGUAGUAAUAUGAUUUCCGAUGGAGAGUUUAUCGUUCUUAUUCCAUUUGCGAAAAAGGACAAGCAGAAAUCGGUGGAUGUUAGAGCGAGUGAAACGAGUUUUCAAAAUGCACAUCAGUGUUCCACUUCCAGUUCGGACAAGCGGAACAAAGCAGAUAGGAGGAAUUUUGAUAUUUUGUUUGAUGAGGUUUUGAACAUGUUAUGUGAUGAUGAUGAGCUUGAUGAUAAUUGUGCAUUUAUUUAGAGAGAGAAAGGGGAUCAUGACAAUUAUUUAUAAAAUACCAUUUUUGCCCUUGUCUUAAAUAAA